UCACGUUUUCUAUAAAUUAUUAGAUUAUAUCUAAGUCCUGUGGUAUAAAUUCGCUUGCGUAUUUACUCUACCCUACGGUAUUUUAGUUGUCGCAAUUACCGGUGCCAAUAUGUUAAUUGUAUAAAGAGUUGUUCUGAUAUUCUUAAUACUUGAUGCGAUAUGUGUUCCUCCCCCGUACAAUGAUAAUCGUAAAGGAUCUACAUUUACGUAUGUCCGUAACAUUACAAAGGUCGAGAGAGGUUGAACAGACAUCUGCCAAGCGUGACAAUAACGGAAACGGACGUUAAAAUAUUGCCCAAGGAAUCUGCCUGCGUGCAACCAUUGCAAACGAAAAUCGUUAGUAUUGCACACGGGUCCAGUGGGUUUGUGCGCGUUCCUAUUCGACAUUAAAUUCGACAACACAAUAUUGUGCGCCUGUGCUCCGCCUUUCGGAAUCAAAACCAUCAUCCACCCUGUGUAAGGGCGGACCGCAUUGCCGUGGUACGCUCGCCGGGUUCCGGCGACACCCGGAUACGCGUCACAAACGGACCGGGGUCGCGAUCGCGUUAUUUCGUCGCCCGGUCUACGGAACGCGCGCAACGACGAUUUACUGCGGUUUCGCGUUCAUCGGCCGCGCGGCGGUGCAACAAACUACUUUGUUCCGUGGCCCGCGGAAAGCGAGGAGUCGCCUGGCAAAAAUGUUCGGAAACGGAUUGUUUUGGUCCGUCGCGUCGGCGGCACCGUUGGUCGAUGGGCGACGACCGAGAAGAAGGUGGGUGGAGGAAACGGCGGUGGCGUAUCGUCGCUGCGGUGGCGGAGGCGUCGGCGGCGCGGCGGAGGACGAUGCGGUGGUGUGCCGACGACGCGACGACAACGGCUGCCGCGUACUCGCCGCAUGACUCGUGUGCCGUUGCGUUACCGUCGUGCAGUGUACGAUACAGUGUGCAAGCAGUGCCGACCAGCGACCACGUACGGCGAAACCGACCGCGUUCUGUGAGCCGUCCCGUCGCCGCAACAACAUUACCGUGACCGUUCUCGCCGGACAAUACACCACCGCGAGCAGUAAUUACCGAUAUAUUACACUCGUCACCGUCAUCCGAACCGCAUAUCGUCGAUAUUUCCGUCCGUGGGUAUAUAAAUCAAAUAUGCCGUUAUUUGGGAAAUCGCAAAAGAAUCCCGUUGAGGUUGUGAAACAAAUAAAAGAAGCUGUUGUUGCAUUAGAAAAAGGAGAUAAAAAAUUAGAAAAAGCACAAGAAGAUGUGAGUAAGAAUCUUUUAGUAAUAAAAAAUUUAUUGUACGGAACUGCAGAUACUGAGCCUUUGUCAGAUAUUGUUGUUGCUCAGCUAGCACAAGAAAUGUACAACAAUAACUUAUUACUUAUGUUGAUACAGAAUUUGACAAAAAUAGACUUUGAAGGCAAAAAGGAUGUUGCUCAAGUUUUUAAUAAUGUACUUCGGCGACAACUGGGAAGCCGAUCACCUACUGUUGAACAUAUCUGUGCUAAAUCUGAAAUAUUAUUUACUCUUAUAGCAGGGUAUGAACAUCAAGAAAUCGCACUGAAUUGUGGAACUAUGUUACGGGAAUGUGCCAGAUACGAAGCAUUAGCAAAAAUAUUAUUAUACUCAAAAGAAUUUUUUAAUUUCUUUCGUUAUGUAGAAGUGUCCACUUUUGAUAUUGCUUCAGAUGCUUUUUCUACAUUUAAGGAACUGUUGACACGACACAAACCACUCUGUGCUGAAUUCCUUGAAAUCAAUUAUGAUAAAGUAUUUACACAUUACCAACAAUUACUAAAUUCUGAAAAUUAUGUUACUCGUCGCCAAAGUCUUAAAUUACUGGGUGAACUAUUGUUAGACCGUCAUAAUUUCACUGUAAUGACUCGUUACAUAUCUAAUCCAGAUAAUUUAAAAUUGAUGAUGAAUAUGCUAAAAGAAAAAUCUAGAAAUAUUCAAUUUGAAGCUUUCCAUGUUUUCAAGGUAUUUGUUGCUAAUCCUAACAAACCCAAGCCUAUUCUUGAUAUUUUGCUUCGCAACCAAGAUAAACUUGUCGAGUUCUUGACUAGAUUUCACACUGAACGAUCUGAAGAUGAACAGUUCAAUGAUGAGAAGGCAUAUCUGAUCAAGCAAAUUAAAGAGUUAAAAACUACUACUAGUGAUCAAUGA